UGGCUAUUGUUGCAAGCUCUUCGUUAAUACUGGAGAUUCUACAGCGUUGUGUAUAUGUGAAUUGUGCAUAUAUUUCCGGAGCUUAGCGAUUUACCAGCUGAUUGAAUCCUGGAUGGGGGUCUUGGUUAUGUACACACAACAUUGGUUAUGUACACACAGGCACACACAGAUGCGAAGUAUAGGGCGCGGCGAAAUACGGUGGUGUUUUCAAACCAAACAGGCAGCAAGUUGGAAAAUAAACAUCUUGGCCCUCUUUGACUUCUUGCUCUCUUUUUCUUCACGUACCUACUCUAAGUUGUAGCCCUCAUUCAGUCAUUCUUGGAUGCAACAGCACACCCCUUGUUUGGAUUCGAUCGACCAAAGUUGUCUUCAAACGUGCUGUAAUAGACGAGUUUAUAUACAAUUAUCUUGAAUCCGAAAAUGUUAAGUGGACGUCUGAUAGAUUUCUUGUCUAUCAGUUCUCGAUUAAUCACCAACGAAUUCGCUUCCGACGGUGACAACAUAACUUCGAGGAAUAAACAGAAGGGGUAAAUGCAAAUGUCAGUUACGGAGGAUAGACAAUUUUGUUUGUUUAUAGUCCUGGUAACGCAGAGAAAGGAGAAAGAAGAGCACAAGUUGGAGAGAAGUAGUAGCGUCAGGCUCCACUGGCUGCUUCUGCAGUGUUUACCUUCCCUUGGAACAAUCACAACAAAUAAACUUGGACGUCUUUCUCUUUCUCUCUCUCCGUCUCUUCUGUUUAGUGCUAUUAUUCCCUCCCACAGCAGAGCAGCACCAACGGCUGCGUCAGUCUCAAAUUCUACGGUCCUUGUUUUGUGGGUGGCCUAACUUGCUCUGCUGACGGAAAUUUACUAAUAAUGAGAGGGUCGGUCUCUAAAUUCUCGUUCUGUUGUUCCAAUUCUAAAUGUGUUUUCAACAAUUUCUUGCUCUUCCUGCAUUUUCGAUUUUGUGUUAACAAGCUUUUGUCAACAUGAAGCACGACUUACCAUCCGCUGGAAGGUAUCAUACCGAUUUUUGAUUUAUUAUUUCUUCCGUUUAUCUUUUUCCUUCAAAGCUUUCCUCUUGAUUUGCGUUGUGUGCCGAUAACGGGUUGCUUCAUCAGUUAAUUAGGACAACUUUAGAACGAUAACGUAAAAAGGAAAUGGCUGUUGUUUUUUCUUCAGCAGCGUGGGCGGUCACAAAUAGUCAUGGCAGUUAUGUACCAACGUGUUGCUUUUGUUUCCACUCGUCUCUUCCAAACGGGGUUGUGUGUGUUUUGUUGACGAUAGAGAUGCUGCUGCCAACAAGCAAUCACUUUUCCCAUCCCUUUUCAUUUAGACUUCUUUCUCUUACAGAUCGGAGGAAGAAAGCUGUUUCGGAAGGAGGAGCUUCAUCUUGACACACGCCCAGUGUCUCUCGAACCUGCUUUUUUUUUCUUUAUAUAUUUUUUUUUCUAAACAGCCGAUGCCGCCGCAGUUGCUUCCGUCGAUUCACAUGACGCUUGAACCAUUCAAAGUACAGUCCGCUGUUGUUGAUUUCUUCGGUUUGACACAGAAUUGAAAAUAAAACUGACUGAUAAUUAGAAGGUCCAGAUUCCAUUGGAACACAGUCGUUUUGUGAACAGGGUGCCAGUAUCUUAUCAGCUCGGAUGUGCUUAUUGUUGAGUGACUUCAUCAGAUGUGAUACUAAAACUCCUAGGGGAAGUUUUAUUUUUCUCGUUCGUGACGAACAUUAAGGUUGUCACGGCCGUUUGCGUUCCAUUCUUCUUAUACCCAACAUUAUGGACGGUUCAUCUGCCACUUCGCAGCAAAUUUUAAUGGACUACUUUCGGAUUCCGAGUAAUCCAUCGGGAUGGAUACCUCAACAACAUUUCGGAUCAUAUAGUCCCUUCAGUCGUUACCUCUGGUCAGCGGCCGAAGGUUACCCGUCACUGGAAUUAAUUCCAUCAGCAGCCGCAACAGAAAAACCACCGUACUCCUACAUCGCACUCAUUGCAAUGGCCAUCCAAUCGGCUGCAGACAAAAAAAUCACCUUAAACGGCAUUUAUCAAUUCAUCAUGGACCGGUUUCCGUACUACCGAGAAAACCGUCAAGGAUGGCAAAAUUCAAUAAGGCACAAUUUAAGUUUAAACGAUUGUUUCAUCAAAGUACCGAGGGAGAAAGGUCGACCGGGGAAAGGUGCAUUUUGGACUCUUGACGCGGGAUGUUAUGACAUGUUUGAACACGGAAACUACCGACGUCGAAAGCGAAAGCCAAGAAUGAUCCAUCAAACAUCUAUCCAGCCAGCAACUCCACAACAUGAACAGCAGUCUCAGCUGAAUCGUCGUGAGGACAAAUUUGUUUUCAGCAUUGAAAAUAUUCUACGGCCAGAUCCGUUGCCUGAUCAAAAGGAACACAUCACGCCGCUUCCUCUCGUCUCCUGCUAUACAGGCCAACAACUUGUCAAUCAUCGCUUCGUCAACUCAUUAACAUAGUUAGUAAUACGAAGGAGUAGCGAUGGAAGGAAAAGAGGGGGGAAAAAUGCAAACUACAUCUUCUUCUUUCGUUUUUUUUUUUCUGUGUCCAACUUCAAACCAAUUAAAAAAAUUUAAUUGGUGUAGUAGGCUUUAUAUUUAUGUACAUCUUAUGACACGCUAUUCAUUAGCGACUAAUUAAAAAUGUCUGCAUUUUUCUCCCCUUUUUUUCCCAAGUAUUCUCUCUAUCUCUAUUUGAUUUCAUUUCUGAAAUAUAUAAGUGAACGUUAUGAUAUGCAUUGGUGUACGAUGAGAAGGAAGAAAAACCGGUGAAGCUUAUUUAGUGCCUUUGAUUUUCUACAACUUGUCAAUUCGUUAGCAAAUUUUUUUUCCCUUUGUUGUCGUAUUGUCUCUAGCUUUGUUUCUUGAUUAUUUGA